AUGCCGAGCCGCAACCUGGCCGGCUACAGCACCAACCAGGCCAUACUUGCGCCGGAAUCGGUCAUCCUCCUCGAAAAGGCCAUCCGCGAGCUCGUCACCGAGAUCCUCCCGCAAGUCAUCGGCCUUUCGGACGGCUUCGGCUGGCUCGACUGGGAACUCGGCUCGAGCCUCGGCAGGAAGGACGGUCGUGUGUACGAGCAGCUCAUGGCCGACGCAGAGGCCAACCCACUCAACCACCCGGGUUCCGUGCCCGGCCUGGAAACCAUCGACCAGGUCGGCGUCUACAAGUACGGCUCGAGCAACAUCGGCAAGGGCGUACCCGACUGGUACAGCACUGAAAUCGGCCCGAUGCUCAAGGCUGCCGCUAAGCGAUCCAACCUCUGA